AUGCCUUUCAAACCGUUCAAGCCUCCUCUUAUACAAAAGUAUGCAUCGAAUGACGCCUCACAAAACGCUACUGAUAACUCCAGCGUUCCACCGCCGUCCAAACGACCGCGUCUCAGCGUCGACGAAGAUGAGAUUGCGAGCACCAAGGCGAAACCGGUGGUCGUCGAUUUGACUUCACCAGAUGCUGGUAUAGUAAGGAAGGUCUCUGUAGGAAGACCUCCGUUGGUCAACGUCAAGAAUACGCCGGGCGAGAUAGAGACGUCUACGGUGGAUAAUGGCAGUAUUAGCAACGAUGUUGAGGCUUACUACAAUGUUCUCUGGCGCAAGUUCACAGCAAAAAAGCACAAGACCUGGGAUGGCGACGGAAUUCUGGUAAUCCGGGGAGGGUAUGGGUAUCUUCGAGAUGUGUCCGGUCGCGAAAUGGGCAGAAUUGUGAUCAACAAACUUCUUGAAUGUGGCACAAGCUUGACAAUAGGAGGAAAGGAUGUUGAAAUCGAGUCUGCCAUCUCGAAGAAAGACUAUUUGUCGGGGAAGGAGUUUUUGAAUAGCGCGAGGAAGCCUUCCUCUUCACCUCCAUCUCGGGUCAAAUCAACGUCCUUCGCUUCUAGAAAAACUGCACAUUCGAAUGCGUCUACGAGCAAUGAAGGACCAUUACACGCUUUGCUGAAAACGAAUACUGUGAACCCCCAGGUCGGACCGCCAAAGUUGUCAGUAAAACACCUCAACGCCGCGGCCCUAAGAGGCAAUGCUGUCAGUACGGCUUUCAAGAAUCCAUUGAAAGAAACUUCAAGCUCAACACCUCAACCAAGUAUUAAAGCCAUUCCUCGUCAUGAUCCCAACGCCCCCGGAGCUUUAGUUAUGAAGCGUCCGAAGACUGCACCAAAAGGUCAGACUAUCGUUGACGUUGUCGUCGAUCCCUUCUUAAGCAAGCAUCUCCGUGAGCAUCAGCGAGAGGGUGUCAAAUUCUUAUAUGAAUGCGUCAUGGGGCUCAGGGAUUAUAAUGGCGAAGGUGCUAUAUUGGCUGACGAAAUGGGACUUGGCAAAACUCUUCAGACAAUAACAUUGUUAUGGACUCUACUAAAACAAAACCCCAUAUAUGAAGCAUCACCUGUGAUAAAGAAAGCAUUGAUUGUUUGUCCGGUCACGCUGAUCAAUAACUGGAGGAAAGAGUUUCGCAAAUGGCUUGGCAAUGAGCGGAUUGGUGUUUUCGUCUUUGAUGAUAAACGCAAGAAACUGACUGAUUUCACAAUGGGAAAGGCUUAUAACAUCAUGAUCGUCGGUUAUGAGAAGCUUCGUACCGUACAAGACGGACUCCUCAAGGGACAUGGGGUCGAUAUCGUGAUAGCAGAUGAAGGACAUCGAUUGAAAACCGUGCAGAACAAAAGCGGUCAGGCGAUUCAAGCCUUGAACACAGCAAAACGAAUCAUUCUUUCAGGCACGCCAAUACAAAACGACCUGAGCGAGUUUUUUGCAGCAGUAGAUCUUGUGAACCCUGGAAUACUCGGUACCUAUAGAAACUUCAUGAAGGAAUUUGAAGGGCCUAUUGUUCGCAGCCAGCAACCUGAGGCAACGAUGAGAGAUAUCGAAAAGGGCGAGGCAAGAGGCGAGGAGCUCCGAGAACUCACAUCAAUGUUCAUCCUGCGAAGGACGGCGGAUGUCCUAUCCAAGUACCUUCCUCCCAAAACGGAAUACGUGAUACUUUGCAACCCUACCUCAGUUCAAGCAAGUAUCUACCGUCACGUUCUUGGGUCUCCGAUUUUCCAGAGUGCAUUAGGAAACACGGAAGGAGCGUUCAGCCUCCUUACUGUUCUGAAAAAACUCUGCAAUAGCCCGUCCUUGCUUACUGCAAAGGCUGGCGAUGAGCCGCCAAAUGCCACUAUGGAAGCACUACUAUCUACUUUGACACCAAGCCUACGUCGCCAGUUCUCACCUUCGUCGAGUGGAAAGAUCAGGGUAUUGGAUCAGUUGCUUCACAACCUACAAACAACCACAUCGGAGAAAAUUGUACUUGUCUCUAACUACACCUCGACACUCAACUUGCUUGGCAUAUUACUCACUUCUCUUUCUCUGCCGUUUCUGCGACUGGAUGGCUCCACACCCUCGGCCAAACGUCAAUCACUAGUGGAUGACUUCAACACAGCUCCCGCAAGUAAAUGUUUCGCAUUCCUUCUCUCCGCCAAAGCCGGAGGCACAGGACUAAAUCUUACCGGUGCCAGUCGCCUCGUUCUCUUUGACGUAGAUUGGAAUCCGGCCACCGAUCUCCAGGCCAUGGCCCGAAUCCACCGAGACGGACAAAAACGGCACUGUUACAUCUAUCGAAUCAUGCUCAAAGGGGCUCUAGAAGAGAAAAUAUGGCAACGUCAAGUCACCAAAAUCGGCUUAGCGGAUAGUGUCAUGGAAUCGAAGUCCAGCAACAUGGCCCAGUUCUCGCGGGAAGAACUCAAGGAUCUGUUCCGUCUAUAUGAAGGCAAGAGCUGCCAAACCCAUGAACUGCUGAAUUGCAAAUGCGGUGGGAAGGGCAUCCCUCCACCGCCAGCUGUUCCUGCUCCGAUCCACAUAUCGCUAUUAGAUGAAGACGAGGAAGAUGAUAAGAGCGAACUGCUCGAAUCUCCCGAAACAACACCAGAAAGCUCGCGAAGUAUAUCCCCCUUCUGGAAAGAUGAGGAAUUAUCAGACAGCGAAGACAUCGACCUCCCCGACCUGCACACACUCAUGAAAGCGUCAAAGGUAAACAUCGAGGAACAAGAAGAUCAAAUCCGACGUGGAAAACAUGCUCUCCAGCGAAAAUCCAAACAGGAGAAAUUGAAUACCAAGGCAAUUGCAAAACCAACAUCGCCAGCGUCAAGAAUACUCUCUAGCCGCAAGAGAAAACAUAGAAAAGAUGAGGAUGAUGUGGACGAAGAUGAAGCGGGAUCAAGCGAACAAAGCAAAAUCCAGCGCUUCCUCGCUGAGUACGCGCACAUUGAUCCUGCUGCUUUCCAGUCUAGUGGUGAUAAUGAUAAGGAGGAAGUCGGUGAUUUAAAAAACCACAUUCACGACCCGAUUUUACAAGCUCUACUAGACGAUGAAGAUCAUGGGAUAGGAUUCUUGUUUCAGAAGACGGCUUUUCCAGCUUCGUCUAGUCCUGCACCGCCCGGCGGUGGUGUGAAGGAGACUUCGUCUUGA